AUGAGCACUCGUGAGAAAGCAACCCUUCGCACCCGCCGCAAACAAAAGCCUAGUCAUGCUCCUGUCAAGAAUCCCGCCGCAAAGUCCUUGCUCAAGAAACAGAAUCCUAAUAAUCCACUUGGAAGCAAGGGUGGUGGAGUCAGCAAGUCUUACACGAAGAAGGAAAUGCUGAAGGUGGUCAAAAUAACACAGAAAACCACGGGACAAAUUUUGUCCAAAACGGAGUUGGAGGGAACUCGGUUUAGUUAUGUGGCGAACAAACACACCGUUCUUCGGCUGGAGCCUGAUUCCGCGGAGUUUCCAGAUCUUACCACUGUUGUUAAGGUCGUGCCGGGAGACACAUAUGACCGGGCUCUCGAGAUGCAAGCUGCUGGCAACACCCGCGAUUGUAUGCCAGUAUGUGUUCUCAACUUUGCCAAUGCUAACACACCAGGCGGGGGCUGGCUCAAAGGUGCUACGGCCCAGGAGGAACAGCUUUGCUAUCGAAGCACACUCAUUGGGGCCCUCCAACCUCGGCUUUACCCAAUGGGAGAUCUGGAAUGCCUCUAUUCGCCCAACGUUAUUGUUUACCGAAAUAGCGCGGACAAUGGUUAUAGCUUCAUGUCGGCGGACGACAGGCUACACCUGAACCCCUCUGUUAGUGUCAUCAGCAUGGCAGCGCGAAACAGGCCUGAUCUGACGGCCGACAAAUCGGAUUACAUAGAGCCCGGGCAACGACACCUCAUGGUAGACAAGAUGCGAUUAAUUCUACGCACGGCAGCAGUCAACAAUCAUCGCCGCUUGAUCCUCGGUGCCCUUGGUUGUGGGGUUUUUUCUCACCCCACCCAGAAGGUCGCCGAUUGUUGGAAAGAGGCUCUUGAGAAAGCCGAGUUCAAGGGAUGGUUUGAGCAGAUUCAUUUUGUAAUUAAAGAUGGGACACAUGAGGAAAAUCUCGCAGUUUUCACAAAGACACUGGAUGGGUUGAACAUGUGA